AAUGGCACAGCGCGUCUGCUGAGCGCUCCUCCUCACGCUGCUCCCUCUGCAGCCACACUGUCUGUGGCCCUCUCUGUUAUUGUCUGGGGGCACACGCCUUUGAGGCGAAAUGUCGUCGCUUUUUAACCCGUUUUCGUUUAAAGAACCGCACAAGAAUUGCGGUGAUGCAGCCGAGCAUCCUCGGGUCCAUUAUCCUCCGGUCCAUCAUCCUCCGUCUCAGCUGCUGGCCUCCGCCGCGGGGCUGGGCUCUCUGCCGCUCUAUCAGCGCUCAUACGCCGCGAGGAGGAACCUGGCUGCUGCUGCUGUCGGUGGGAGGAAAAUCACACAUCCUGGAAAGGCCAUCCUCGCAGGUGGCCUUGCUGGGGCAAUAGAAAUCUGCAUCACAUUCCCCACAGAGUAUGUGAAGACCCAGCUGCAGCUGGACGAGAGAGCCAACCCACCUCGGUACAGGGGCAUUGGUGACUGUGUAAAGCUGACCGUGCAGGACCAUGGGCUCAGAGGGUUGUAUCGAGGCCUCAGCUCUUUACUUUAUGGAUCUAUACCCAAGUCUGCAGUCAGAUUUGGCACAUUUGAGAUGCUCAGUAACCCUAUGCGUGACUCCACGGGUCGUUUGGAUAACACACGGAGUCUUGUGUGUGGGUUAGGAGCAGGAAUAGCAGAAGCCAUUUUAGUGGUUUGCCCAAUGGAGACACUCAAGGUGAAGUUAAUCCAUGAUCAAUGUUCGCUUAGACCUCGAUACAGAGGCUUUUUUCAUGGAGUUAGUGAAAUUAUAAGAGAGCAAGGAGUAAGAGGCACGUAUCAAGGUCUAACGGCAACUGUGCUUAAGCAAGGAACAAAUCAGGCUAUACGAUUUUAUGUGAUGACUUCUUUGCGUAAUUGGUACAAAGGCGAUGAUCCCAGAAAAGAAAUGCACCCCAUAGUCACUGCAAUGUUUGGAGCAACAGCUGGAGCAGUCAGUGUUUUUGGAAAUACUCCUCUAGAUGUAGUUAAGACAAGAAUGCAGGGUUUGGAAGCACAUAGGUACAGAAACACAUUUGACUGUGCCUUCCAGAUCAUGAAGCAUGAGGGGCCACAGGCCUUCUACAAGGGGACAGUGCCCAGGCUAGGUCGUGUGUGCCUUGAUGUCGCUAUAGUUUUUGUCAUCUAUGAAGAAGUUGUCAAACUACUCAACAACGUCUGGAAAACCCAACAGUAAAACAAGCACAUCGGGAGGAGAGCAGUGCCUCGUACAACUCAACACCUCUGCAGAUGCCCAAAAGGGACAAAAGAUCAUAUUUAACAAGUCACUGACGCAGCAAGAGCCCAUAACCAUGGAUGAUUUGAAAACACAGCAAAACUAAGCUAUUCAUCCCUAGUAUUUCACUGAAGAGGGAUGAACCUUGUACUUGUACUAAAAAAGUUUUAAAGUGGAUACAGUGGAUAGUGGAUUCAAAACCAAACAUUAGUUGAUUUGCAAAACGAUUUUUACCAAAGCAUGAGAGGAUGCUGAAGGGAAUGGAAUACUUAAGCAGAAAGAAUUGCUUAUCUGACUGUUGUUAACCUGAAUCUGAAUGAAGUACUUACUCAAUGCCAUUAACAGUACUGGACUUUCACAUUCUGUCUAACAUGCCCAUCUCUCAAUACAUGAACACAUUUGUGCUUAUGUGCAUGUGACGUCAUCACGUUAGCAUUAACAGUAUCUGUGCUGUGGCUGUGCUGAUCAAAAUUUGAUGCUCUUCAUAGUACGUGUCAUGACUGCUAUAGAUGCUGCAUGGUUUUAAUGUGGCACUUAACUGUUAUACAUGGACUUUCUUCAACUGCACUGAUGUGAUGAAGUGAUCAACACAAGUUCUAACCUAUGAAAAUGCAAUGUGUUCAAGUCACUUCAGACAUUUGUUUACUGUUUUUACAAGUACAUUAACGCACAUGGUAGCAAAUCGACUGCGUGAUUUCACCCUUGCCAAGCCAUAUGGCAAUAGAUUUGUGUUAAGUAGUGAAUGGCCCCUCUGACCCCUUGUGUGAUAUGCAU